GGAUUUUUUUUUUUAAUUUAGAUGGCCUCAGCUCAGGUAGAUGUGGUUCGAGUCAAAACUAUUCCGAUAUUGGGCAAAUUUUUAAGGAUGGAUCAAGAAAAUGGCGCCACCUCAAUGGAAUGCGGCGGUGAGGUCAACACUGUCACGGUGAAAGUGACUACGAGUGAUACUACAGUCAUAGGCAACAAGUUGCGGUGCCGGUAUCUACUACGGUGACACAGAAAUCAUUAAAUUGAACGUUGAAUAUUGGGUUACGAUUUCAAGCGGCUGAAUGUAACUCUCGUCAUGAUUCCAAGAAGCACGCGUUCUCUGUACAACGAAAUUACUCUGAUUUAUCACGUUCAGAGACCCACAAAAUGAGGGGGGGAAUCCUCCAGAACACGAACAAAGGUUCAGAGGCAUGUCAUGAAAGACAUCGGAUUUAGCCGCAGGUGUCCAUCACAGAAUCAUGUUGUUCUCGAUCUUGUGUCGGACCUAUUUGCACAUGAUGCACGAGUAAUACCCAUCCGUUCGUAACCUAUCUGCAAAAAUUAUUGGAAAAACGGAGCAGAAGAUGAGUCUUCAUUUCUUCAGAAUUAGAAGGAAUGCCAUUCACAAUCUCUAUGGUUUUCUGGAACAACUUUGAAACCUCUCAGAGAGUGCACCCAAAGUGAGAAAAGUUUUCCGUCGUGGGAGGCAAUAUUUGCUGCACUUGGUCCACAGAUUUCGCAGCGGGUGCGAUAUUUGGCAGCUUGAUUGCGCGAUCUGCUUCCAAGUUAGCAGAUACUUCACUGAUCCAGCUGACGUUCAACUUUCAGAACUGGGAUCGCGUUACUGUCAGCAUCAUGUUCACCAAGGUUUAUUCACGUCGGGAGCACUUUAUGGGAUUUUCCCCCUCCCAGAAAAGCUUGGAGUCAGAACAAUAUCAUAUUCUAGUAUUAUGAACCAUUUUCUGCGCCAAAGAUCAAACUUACAGAGAUGUUUAUAAAGACCAUGUCGGUCCUUCUCUCUUGCGCUUUGUCGACACGCAUUUUGCAAGUAAUGAUGCCUUUUUUUAUAUGCGGAUUUUCAAUAAUGCAAAACAUAAUGGUACGUAUCGCGCUAAAAGUCUUGCUUUCGUGCGAAAACACGGACGUUGAACGUCGGGCUAUUCAUCGUGGCGCACGUCAAAGUUGCUAAAUAUGACAAAAGCCGUUGGCCAAAUUACCCUUUGUCAGCUUAGAGAAGCCAACAUCGCAACAGCUAUCUAUGUCAAAGGCGUUCUAAAACGCAAGGAAUUGGAGUUAUUCUUCUGUCAAAAUCCGAGGCAGCUUUUCACAAGACAUGAGCGAACACUUCGCGGCCUCAUCUAUGGGGAUUAAUACAUGAUACGCAUGUUCAAUUCAUUUCCCACAGUUGUGUCGCAGCUGUCCAAAGUCACCAAUGGUCUCGUGUGGUUCGCGGAUGAACAAAUCGGAAAUUGAACAUCCAUAUCCAAUUCAUACAUUGUUUUCUAGGUAUACAGCCAAGAGUGUGACAGAAAAGCUUGCCCAAGCUGCUACGCUGCUUUCCAUUCUAACUCUCCUCCCAAACUGCUAUUGCCUCUCAGAAACCUAUCAUUUCGGUCCAUACAAGUAAAUGGAUACUGCAUUGAAGCGUGUCUGCGAAUUCAAAGGGCACACGUCUCGGUAAUAAAGUUGUUAAGGGACAUACCGAGGGUCCAACAUCUGCUCCGUGGGUUUCACCUUUUCGUAGCCUCAUUGUUCUCAAAGUUUAAAUUUGAGUUUCAGGCUGUGGCUGAGAAAACUUGUUGAAGUAACAAAUUUGAAAUCAAAUUGAGAAUCUCUAGACGGCAUGUCUCCGUGUGCCCAAUGAAGAGGAGUCUUGUCUCCAACUAUCCAUUGCAAUGCGUAUCUGCUUAUAAAUGCUCAGUUCAUCGCGCCAAUCACCGCUCACUUCUCGGCCUCGGACUAAACCUUCGGAGGACAGAUUAUGGUGGCAUCUUGAACAUUUCGCCGAGAGUUUUAAGCCGCUUAUGAAUACUUGCAAAACUUGGCACGAAGAAUCCAGUAGGCUAUGAAUUAGUUACUUGAAAGAAAGUAAAAGAUUAAAACGUUCGUCUUGUUUAUUUAGGAGCAACAGAAUAAAGGCAAAACAUUUCAAGUCUACUUGCUUUUCCAUUCCUUUUUUUUUCUUUGAAAAAAAGUAGUCAGUGAGAGUAGUCAUCGUGAAUUCUUGUGAGAAGAAACGACAUGACUAAAUCGGCCUUCAUUCUAGGCGCUGGACCUCGUGUUGGCACUUCAGUUGCAAAUUCCUUGACAAAAUCAGGCUAUAAAGUUGCUAUCGGCCGACGAAGUGCCUCUGAGACUAGUGAUGGCACGUCGAUCAAAGUCGACCUCUCUUCAACAUCAUCAAUCACUUCCGCCUUCAAAGAAGUACAGUCUAUGAUCGGAGUACCAAGCGUGGUAAUCUACAACGCAGCAUCAUUCUCAAAACGUGGCCCGGUCGAUGAUCCAUACUCACCGGAUGUUGAAUACCUCAAAAAAGACACAGAGAUCAAUGUCUUUGGAGUCUAUCAAGCACUACAAGAGACCACUAAGAAUUGGAAGACGAUUACUGAUGACAUUCCUAAAGUCUUCAUUAUAACCGGAAACAUCCUUCCUUUCAAGCCGAUUCCUGGCUUUGAAUCACUUGGAGUGGGAAAGUCAGCAGCAGCGCAUUUCAUUUGGAGUUCCGUCAUGAACGAGUCCUUCAGGAAGGCUGGAUAUAGAUUUUAUUUUGCGACCCAAGUUACACCCGACGGUGGACCGGUGCUUACAGGUCUGAGUGGCGAGGCACAUGCAAGUACCUACUUGAAGCUCAUUGAGCAGAGAGAACAGGGUGAAUGGGAUGUGAGAUUUAGUGCGUAAAGCAUGUGAAUUAUGCUGGAAAUCCUAGGACACUAUUGGCAAUCUUCAUGACUGUCUUUUCCCCGUCCCUCAACCCUUGCUCUUGGCUAUUCCAUUUCUUUAAUCCCAUGCUCUGAAGUCCUUGCUCACCGCCCCAUUCACUUAGCUGUGCAACCGUGGGUCUAUCAACAUGUCUGCUCUCGCCUUCACCACCACCAAAGUCAGG